GGGCCCGUGUCUGUCUAGAUCCACUCCAUUUCUGUACAGUCCGGUCCAGUACAGGACAGUCCGGUGCAGCAAAGAAUUGCAGGCAGGACAUGAUCAUCAUCAUCAGUCAUCCUGAAAUCAAGCCCUCAUCGAACGAAAGCCACGGGCAUUGCGGUCCUUAAUUCCGUCCAUCUGCGGUACGGCGCAUGCAUCCAUCUGCAGUCGUACAGUACGAGUGAUAUGCACAUUUCAGGACCCAUCAUCCAGUAAUUUAUCUUCAAUUCAUCAAUCUCACAUCUUUACAAAAGAGGUUGCGUUAAAUUAUCCAUCAGUCUCGCUCCACCCUGUGCAUGAGAAGCAUGCUGAGGAGCAAGGAAACUAUUCACACACGUUCCGCAAUCCGAUGUCAGCAAAGGUGAGCGAUGCCGCGAUCAACGCCGUGAAGACCACAACGCCGCCGCAUCGCGAUCGCGAAGUCAUCGCUGCCGCUCCGAAAGAUGCCAACUACAAAGGCUUCGUUGCUGGCGUGUUUUCCGGCAUCACCAAAUUGACUGUCGGACAUCCCUUCGACACGAUCAAAGUCCGACUUCAAACUUCAACACAUGAUCAGUUCAAGGGUCCGCUCGACUGUCUACUGCAGACACUCCGCAAGGAAGGUGUCAAUGGCAUCUACAAGGGAGCAACUCCUCCGCUGGUCGGAUGGGCGUGUAUGGACAGCGUCAUGCUGGGUUCGCUGACCUUCUACCGCAAGCUUCUCAAUGAACAUGUUUUCCAACCUAUGCGCGCUCAGCCCAACCAUCCCGCGGUGUGGCUGAACGAUGAGGAAAAGAAGAAACUCCCCACCAUCGGCCACGCCAUGGCCGGUGUCCUCGCCGGCUGGACCGUAUCCUUCGUCGCCGCGCCCGUGGAACACGUCAAAGCACGUCUCCAAAUCCAAUACCAAGCCGACAAGAAGACCCGUCCAUAUUCCGGCCCCGUCGACUGCACACAGAAACUGUUCCGACAGCACGGCAUCCCGGGUCUCUUCCACGGCCUCGGCGCCACGCUGAUCUUCCGCACCUUCUUCUGCUUCUGGUGGGGCAGCUACGACCUCUUCACGCGGUACUUCGAGAAGAACACAUCCCUCAGCGCGCCCGCCAUCAAUUUCUGGGCCGGCGGCCUCUCCGCCCAGGUCUUCUGGCUGACCGCCUAUCCCUCGGACGUCAUCAAGCAGCGCAUCAUGACCGACCCUCUCACGCCCGGCGAGCAGAAGUUCCCGCGAUGGAGGGAUGCCGCCGCCGCGGUGUACCGUGAGAGGGGGUGGAAGGGCUAUUGGCGAGGUUUCGUGCCGUGCUUCCUGCGGGCGUUCCCGGCGAAUGCCAUGGCGUUGGUGGCUUUCGAGGGUGUGAUGAGGACGAUGAGUGAUAAUAAAGAUGUGAGGCAAUAAGCACGGCCCGACAACGUGACGGGUUUUCUUUUUUCUCACUUGCAUCAGUUUGUUUGUUUUUCGCGCAUUUGGCGUUGGGCAUAUAGAUUGGACGUAUGACAGAAACCAUUUCUCUUUCUCUUCAUCAUCUGAACUGAGCUUGACCAUGGGGAACGUCUUUCGUCAUAAUUGCUGUGCCGGAUGACGCCUCUGGGAGGAGGCAGGAAAAAGGUCGGAGCACAUCUCACUCUUCGGAAUGAUUAGAGUACCGUCAAUCCUUCCAAGACAUAUCACUUUGAAGGCCAUUUUGAAAAUUGGGGUGGA